AUGAGCGAAGAAAAAAGGAACUGCAAGAUCUGCCAUACGGGAGAUGUAAGGGGAGACGAGCUGUGCAGUCCAUGCCGGUGCUCAGGAACAAUCAAGUAUAUUCAUAAGGAAUGCUUGAUGUCGUGGAUGGAGUGUUCGAAGAUCAAGAGGUGCGAUAUAUGCCACUAUGAAUACAAGUUCCGAGACAUCUACAAGCCAGACACUCCCCAGGUGCUGCCUCUAUCGGUACUUAUAAAGGGGGUGGCAGGUAUAGGACAGAGGGUUGGGACUGUGCUUGCAUGGUGUAUCCUACAGAUGGUGAAGUGGAUAGUAGUGUUCUAUUUCAAUGGAUACUUUUUCAUGGUGUCAACAGGAUUGUAUGAUUCCAACGCCAGGGCCGAGCUCGGAGACAUUCUGGUGUGGAUAGCAGUUGGGAUUCCGUUUGCAUGGCUGGCGCAAGUCAACCGAUGUUUAUUUAACCAAAUUAGAGAAAGGUUUGGAGAAGACAUAAGAAGGAGGAGGAUGACGAUGAAUCCACGCGCAAUACUAGAGUCUCUAGAGAGAGAGCCGCGGGAGGAGGGGUCUAGAGAGGAUGAAGGGGGUAGAAUAGAUGAGAAUCUAUCCUCGGAUUCCAACGUAUCUGUUUCUAGAGAGAUUUCCGAGACCACAGGUGUUGAGAGAACUAAUUUCAGAAGGCUGAGUGAUCCUAUGAACAAUUUUCUCUUCAAGCCAAUAAUAUCAGGGGCCAUUGGGAUGACUCUACCUGUUUCAUUUAUACCUUUAAUGUAUGCAAUGGGGAGAUACAUUUCCGUUCCCAAGAUCUACGGGCCCUUUAAUGAGUUCCUCUCUGCAAUGAAUCUCGAAGGCUUGUACACUAGACUAGUAGGAUUCGGCAUGGUUUUCUGGGCAAUCAUGAGCCUUGCAGAAGAUGUUCGGAAAAGGUUCUGCAUUAGUAAGAUAAAGUAUGUAUGUAUUUUCAUGAAGAUAUACUUUAUAAUAAUGCUGAACAUAUUCUUCAUGAACCUAACGUUUGGUCUGGUUCUCCACUACAUGUUUGGAAACAUACUGAACAAGGGAGUGUAUGUACUACAUCUGAGCAGUGAGCACAGUGUUGUCUUGAAGGGAGGAGUUUCGCUGGUAUUCCACAUGUCGAUUGGAUAUACAUUUAGCAUUGUAAUAAGAAAUGUCUUCCUUAGAUUCAAAAGAUGUUUCCGGCCUGGUGUCCUGCACUUUGUUCCCGACGAUGACGACUCUCGCAUGGACGAACUGUACGAGGCAUCAAAGAUAGGAAUCUCAAGAAUAUUCCUCCGGGUCAUUACUUACCUGGUGGCCUUUUCCCUGUUCUACGGGAUAGGGCUUACAAUGAUGCGAUGGGCUUGUGGGGAAAUUGAGAUAAGGUUCUCGAUAAGAAGCUUUCUGAAACUGUCUCUUACAUAUAAAACCUUUACAAUGCUCUUGUAUUCCAACAGAAUCCUUUGUGAUUAUGUGGUUAAAGGGCUCAACAGGGUUGUAAGGCUGGAAGCCCGGAUGCUUGGGAUGGAAAACUUUCUUUACAAUGCCCGGGCAGUGGGAUGUGAUAAACGAAUGCUGAUGUGGUGUGUGAACAGGAACAAGAUCUUCAGGAGACAGCAUAUCAGAGCAAGAGAGCAAAGGAGGCCAACCGAAAGAGAGAUCUGCAGAUACUUCAAUUCCCGCUUGUCCUCGGAUUUUGCCAUUUUCUAUGUUCCGAGGCAGUUUGCCUUAAGGUGCGGGUUGAUAAGUCUAUCUGUUAUUCUGUCCUUCUAUUGUAUUUACACCGGAUAUGUCUUUAUAGCCAAGCACAUUGUCCGGGGAAUCAAUAUAGAUGCAUAUAUCCGAGACUCCGGGGACAUCUUAUUCUACUUGGCACUAGCUUUUCUCUUUCGGAUUUCUUGGAUUGUAAUCCAUGUUACAACGAGCAUUGUGAAGGAAGAGAAGGGCUUCCUGCAGACGAUUGGAGAGUUGUGCAAGCACGGGGUUGUGAAUGUAUACAUAAACACAGUGUAUCCUCUUUUCGGGAGCCUAAUGGUGAUUGUGCUGUCGAAUGACGGGACGAACAUCACGGGAGUGCGGCCUCUGAGGCUGUUUCUGUUUUUCUUUAGUUCCACUUCGAUUGUGGAAACCAUUCUAAGUUCAUCUCCCGAGAACUAUACCUUCCGAGCACUUGUCAGAGAACUCUGCAAGGUCAAUGCCUUUAUCUCUGUUCUGUUUGGGAUUUGGUACAUGUACAAUGCAGUGACCCUGCUGCUUGGGCUGAGCAAUACGGAGUUUAUUGUGCUUGGAGUGGUUGUUGGAUAUAUUAUCUUUGUGUCUAAGAAGGUGGGACAAAGUAUCCAGAGCGACAAGGACUUCUACAAAAGACUUAUGGACGAGAACUACCUGGUUGAGAGAAGGGUUGUGAACUUUGAUGAGGAGUGA